ACUUUUGCACAAUCCUCCAAAGGAAGUGAGGAGGUAACUUAGCCGUUUCAUCCCCCUCUAAAUUAAACAAUAACCCUUUCAACAUCACCGUUAUCGGCGCUCCCUCAGAGCAGCUAGGAGGUACAAGUUCACCUGGAUUGGUUUGCCCAAUUAGGAAAGCGCCACACAAAUAUCACUCCAACAACAGCAUGGCCAGCAAUACCACAGGACGCCUCGCAGGCAAGAAUGCCGUCAUCACAGGAGCUGCUGGAGGCAUUGGACUCGAGACCAGCAUUCUGUUCCUCCGCGAAGGCGCCAAUGUCUUGAUGACCGACAUCUCCGUCCCGGCACUCGAGAAAGCCCUCGCGAAGGCAAAGGAGUGCGCUCCUUCAGCAGGGGGCAAAGUCGAGAUCGCCAAGGUUGAUGUUUCCAAGGAGGCAGACAUUGAAAGCGCCGUUGCGAAAGUCGAUGCGUGGGGUGGCGUGGACAUUAUGUUCAACAAUGCUGGUAUCAUGCACGCCGACGAUGCAGAUGCCGUCGACACACCCGAGAAAAUCUGGGAUUUGACACAAAACAUCAACGUCAAAGGCGUAUGGUUCGGCAGCAAACACGCCGUCCUCUCACUCCGCAAACACCAGAAAACCAAAGGCAGCAUAAUCAACACCGCCUCAGUCGUCGCGCUCGUCGGCUCCGCCACACCCCAACUAGCCUACACAGCGUCCAAAGGCGCGGUAGCAGCCAUGACGCGCGAACUAGCCAUUGUGCACGCCCGCGAAGGCUACCGCUUCAAUUCCUUGUGUCCGGCACCUCUCAACACACCACUCUUGCAAGAUUGGCUUGGCGACGACCAGGCGAAACGGCAUCGUCGCGAAGUCCAUUUUCCUUCGGGACGCUUUGGAGAGGCUGUGGAGCAGGCUCAGGCUGUCUUGUUUUUGGCGAGUGAUGAGGCGAGUUUUGUGAAUGGACAUGAUAUGGUUGUGGAUGGGGGUAUGACUAAGGCGUAUGUGACUCCGGAAGGUCCGCCGACUCAGCCGCCUGUGAAUGCUGCUCGGUAGAAUUUUUGUGGGCUGUUGCGGGAAAAGUAGUCUGGAGGUGGGGAGGAUAGAUGCAUGGUAAAGCUGGUUUUGUAGAGACGGUUAUGAAUUCAUCCUCUCUGCUUUUGCGUCUUGUUCACGAUAAAGCAGCGGUAGG